UUGGCAAUUUCCUAAACACAGCUCAGUCACUUCAGUAUCAUCCGAGGCCAGGGCAGGGGAGAGGUGUGCGUGUGUGUGUUGGAUGUAACACCGGCUGGAAGACGAGCUGCUGAAACAGAGGACCGUUGGACACCGAUUUGACAUGAGCAGGUUGCCCUGACAUGGACAAAGAGAUGAUUCCCAAAUUUUCGUCAAAGGAUGAGGAAGUUGACUACUGGAAGUCCCAAGCCCUCAAAUAUAAGAAAAGUUGCCAUGAUGCCCAGGAGGAGUUGCAGGAGUUCCAGGAAGGGAGCCGGGAGCUGGAAGCUGAGUUGGAGGCCCAGCUUGGCCAGGCCGAACACCGUCUUCGAGACCUCCAAAGCGAAAACGAGAGACUGAAGAACGAGAUGGCCAACCUCAAGGAGAAGCUAGAGCAUCAGUACGCCCAGAGUUAUAAACAGAUUUCUAUGCUAGAGGACGACCUGGGCCAGACACGCAGCAUCAAGGAGCAGCUCCACAAAUACGUCCGAGAGCUCGAGCAGGCCAACGAUGACCUGGAGAGAGCCAAAAGGGCGACGAUAGUGUCUCUUGAGGAUUUUGAAGGCCGUUUAAACCAGGCCAUAGAGAGAAAUGCCUUCCUGGAAAGUGAGCUGGACGAGAAGGAGUCUCUUCUAGUAUCCGUGCAGCGGCUGAAAGAUGAGGCACGAGACCUGAGACAAGAGCUGGCAGUACGGGAGCGGACUACAGACAGGAUGUCAGCACCCAGCUCACCCACCUUAGACAUCGACAAAAUGGAUUCUGCAGUGCAGGCGUCUUUAUCCCUCCCAGCCACACCUGUUGGAAAGAGCAUAGAGCACCCCUUCAUCAGCCCAAAAGGAUUGACCAAUGGCAACUCGUCCCUCACUCCCUCUGCUAGAAUCUCAGCUCUUAAUAUUGUCGGUGAUCUCCUGAGGAAAGUUGGGGCUCUGGAGUCAAAACUCGCCGCCUGUAGGAACUUUGCCAAAGACCAGGCAGCAAGAAAAAAUUACUCCAAAGACAACGGCACACUCAUCAACAGCAACGCCACCAAGUUCUCUCACUCCCUUCAUACCACUUACUUCGACAAAACGACUGUUAAUGGAUUGGACCCCAGCUCCUUGACCUCCAUUGCAACAUCCAGAGCCGUGUCUCCACCAGGCAUGCUGCCUCUGAGUGUGUGAGGCGUCCCUAUACCACAUUAACCUCCACUGAAUCUCCUAUCCACCCAACACAAAAAAACAGAGAGGACACUUGAAAGACCAUUACAUUGUGUGCUAAGUGUGUAUGUGUGUGUGUGUUUGAGAAAGAGAGAGUGUUUGAAAGGAAGAGUGAUGCGUGUGUUCGGGAUUGUGCAUUUUUGAACGUGACGUGUGGAAGAGGAGGCUUUACUAUACAAUGUUCGGAGCUCUAAAUGCAUCUGUGAGUAGGUGCACAGUCGUGUGCAUACGUUCCUACCACACACUGGCCUGUGCCUAAAGCUCUACUGUACUGUGCUCGUAUGAAUGUCACUGCAAAUGCGUUGCUCUCUAGAUGUCAACUCUGAAGUGGCACCGUUAUAUUCUUAGUUUCUGUUCAUCUUAAAAAUCUACUAUCCCUGACAAAAGGUCCUGAACAGACCACAGCUUCUUCCUUUUCCUCCUGUGUUUUCACUUAAAUUGCACAAUUACUAUUUUCAAUUUAGAAUGUAUUAUAUAUUUAAAAAGGGAUAUGUUCAUACUAACUAAUUUAUCUCACAGUAUGCUUUAAAAUGCAAUGUUUCUUAUUUGCUAUUUUUUUGCAUGUGUGCAUAUGUGAUGUGGGGUUGGAGAGGUGUUGUGGGACCCCAUAUUCAUGACUGAAGUGAAUGUUGAUCGUUCAAAGCCAUGUAGCCAUAGUGCAGUCGUUCCUCUUGCCGCUGGCUACUUGCUGUAAUCCGUUUGGAAGUAGUCUCCACGUUAGAGCUUGGAAAUAUCAGCUGGUUCUGUCCUCUGGGUUAAACCCGCACUUAAACUUAAACUGCUCCUCCUCACAGGUUUUGCUGAAGUCGAGUGUUUUUUUUUCUCUGUGGACAUCCAUUGACAUUUCGAGGGAACAGUUUUGCCUUUUUUUACGUAUAGAUUUUUUUUUUUUUAUUUUGUGACAGGCUUACCUCAUUCUCAUGGUGGAUUCGUAAUAUGAUGAGGCGAAUUUGGCUAUUUAAAACUCACACAGAAGGACGCUCAAAGCAAAA